AUGAGAAAAAAUAUUUGUUGGAUAUUUUUUGUGAUUUUUCCAUUUAUUCUUUUCGGGACAGUAUUAAGUAAUCAAGAAGAUGUACCAACAUUACCUAAAGAACCUAUCAACGGAAAUGGAGAAUUGACAGAGGCAUCUGAAGGUAGAUUUCAUUUAAGAAGUACUCCAGAUAAUGAAGUUCUAGUUGCUCGUGUAAAAGGUUAUAAAUCUGCAUUAAUUGUACAAGGAAGAAAAUUAAAUAAUAUUAAAAAAUCUUUAGAUGAAAUUCAAACUUACGUUACUAACAAACUAGCUAGCAUAUAUUGGGAGAGAACCUCACCAACACAGUUAACUAGAGAGGAAUAUAUGAAGGAAUUUGAGAAAUUCAAUGAAUUUUACAAUGAAAAAAUGCACACUUUUGAUAAUUUACGAAAUAAUAAUGUUGUUGAACAUUCUAAAUUCAUAAAAUAUCAUAAAGAUCUAUCAAGAAGAAUAAAUAAUUUAAAAGUUUUGUCUACAGAAGUACUAACAGAGUAUAAUGAAGUUAUGAAGAUUUCAAAACAAAAUAUAGAAUUAAUUUACCUUAAUCAAAGCUUAUGUAAUAUUAUUCAAGAUUAUUUAAAUUACUUAGGUAAAAAAAGAGUUGAUACAUUAAAUGCUACCGUAGAACCCUUACAACCAUUAAGCACAGAUUCUUCAUAUGAAACAAAUUCCACAGAAAAUCCUCCUGAAGUUGUUGAAGAAGUUAAUAUUAGUAAUGGUUCUAAUGGAUUAACUAAGGUUAUGGUGAUAAUAGGUGUUUUGGGUGGUUUGUGUGUUUGUAUUGGUGCGGGUUAUUUCAUUUAUACUAAAAAGUUAAUGAACACUUCAUAA